AACCAGCGGCCCAAAUUGUUUACUUCCUGUUACAUAAACGUCAAAACUUUAUCACGUUUUUAAAGUUUACUCCUUACAGAGAGGCAAAGAUGUCGAUAGAGGGUAAUAGCUAUGAAACAAAAGUUGCUCUUGUUGAGAGUAACAGUCGGCCGAGCGGCCAUCAACUGGUCAAUACCUACAUGGUCAACAGGAAUGCUGACCCCAUGGACCUAGUGGAGCUAGCCAAGCAAGUGCAAAAGGCUGAUGAGUUUACAAAAGCUACUGCUGGCAGUAAGUUAAUGGUAAUUGCUGAUCAAAUACGUUAUCCCCGGGAACGCAAAAAAAGAUUUAAUAGUUGGUAUGCUCAGAAAAGUUGUGAACUUUCGGAAUGGAAACGUGCCGAUGAUUUUGUCGGAGCAUUCAAAUUGGAACAUGACAUGAGCUGGACACCAUCCGAGUAUAUAGAACAACGCUCCCAAGACUUUGCUUUAAUUGAUAAAGUUAUGAAUGCCCAGAAUGCACUAAUUGAUGCCGAGGGGCCAAAUUUUAAAGGACUGACAUCGCAGUCUAGAAAUAAUUCAACGGCAAAGUUAACCGAUAUAAGUCAUAUAACUGGUGGUGAUGCAUCAAAAAGCACUUAAGUUGUGAUAGGUUGUUUUAGAGGUCUUGAAGAUAUUUGUGUGUAUUAAGUCAUAAAUUGAUGUAAUUUAUAUAAAAAACAAAUGACACAAGAGUAGCUGUUAGAUUUAAUACAGAUUCCAUUAAUUUUCUGUAUUAAUUCAAGUGCUUAAACAGAAUGUGAAAAUCUUAUUUAAGUAUUUAUGAUUCUUAUAAGUACUGCAUAAAUUUUACAUAAUUCUUAAGAAGCAAAUGCAAAGGAGUAAGUUGAAAGUUUAAUUUAAAUUCUGUUUGAAUUGGUGCUUUAUCAGGUGGCAUUAAAUACAGUUUUCCUCACAUAGACUGGAUCAAAACAGGCCUUCAAAAUAUUAUCAUUUUGCUUUGUUAAAGUGACAUUAUGCCCAUCCAAUUGUAUAUAGUUAUUAAAGAGGUCAAAAUUGGUUUAAGUUUUGCCAUAAUUUCUUUCAUAUUUAUAAUUUACUUAUGAAUGAUAAAUAACUCGCACGGUUCAAGGAAAGUUUUGUAAAAUAUCCAUCUUAAAUUACCUGUAUUGGUGUAACAUUCAAUUUAUGAAAAAAAGAGUAUGGCAGUCUUUCUUAUAUUUUAGGGAGAUGAAUAUUAAACAAAACAUUUUCCAACAUAAACUUUUGGUCAGUCACCAUAAAAAAGUCCAUAUUCUGAAAUAUAAAGUCAGUUCAGCUCAACUUCUCCAUGAAAAAAUGAGCAUAAUGUCACUUUAACAUGUUUAAGCUGUUAUCAAUGGGUCUCAUUGUAAUUUUGUUUAAAAGUUUUUCUUUAAGACAUGCUCAAUGAUUUUGAAUUUAAAGACACUACAAUGAAUUUAAUACACUUGUUUUAACGUCUUAUCAUUUUGAUUUAUGAUAAAUAGAUGCAUUUUGUAUUUAUUUAACCAAUCUAAAGUUGACCAUUAUAUGGUUGUUUUCAUCCAUAAAUCAUGUUUUAUAUUGGGUUAU